AUGGCCAGUGCCCCAAGGAAGGUGUUAAUGCUGCAUGGGAAAGUACCAACCAGAGUUCACCAGCGAUACGCGCAGAAUGCAACUAUAUUCAGUAAACGCCUCGGGGCCUUGAGAAAAUCGGUGGGGGAAGAUAUUGAAAUGGUAUUCGUCAACGGGCCAAUCGUCCUACAUCCUGUUGAUAUCGACGGCACCUCGUCUACAGCUUCAUUGGCAGCUCUCGGAGCUUCUGACACGACAUCCUCUGAUCUUUCAACUGCACCCCGAGGUUGGUGUAAAUUAAACCCAGAGAGAACAGUCACAUACAGGAUGGAAGAAUCUCUACUCCUUUUCAGAGAUAUUCUUCAGCGUGAUCGAUAUGAUGGUGUGUUCGGUUUCAGUCAAGGGGCAGCUAUGGCUGCGCUGCUUGCCGCCCUCUUAGAGCGGCCUCACUUGUAUCCUCCGUUUCUUGUCGACGGAGAGGCUCCUCACCCGCCUUUCAAAUUCUGUGUUGCCGUCUCAGGCUUCAAGGCACCCGGGUCUCUCAGUGCAGAAAUUUUUGGGACGUCGUAUUCCACUCCCACCUUGCACGUUCUCGGGAGAACCGAUGUCGUUGUCAUCGAGGAGCGGACAAAAGAUCUGAUUGACCUUUCACAUAAUAAGAGAGUGGAGGAACACCAGGGCGGCCAUUUCGUGCCCUCGGGGGCGAACUGGAAGGAAUUCUUCCGCAAUUACUUGGUUGAUCCUCUUGGAGUGAUUACUUCCACAGAAUUGAUAUCUGCCUCUCAAGAGGCCUCCGGUGACUUGUUACUCCGACGUCUCAAACCAAUACCUCGACUUGUAAUAGAGUUAUGUGUUAUACCUCCUACAGGCCCAAAACACCGGCUCCCGAGACUGGGCAUGAGAACUCCCCCCAUAAUGACUCGUCUUUCUUCCUCUUCAUCAGGAAAACAAGUUAAAUUUGCAUAAUUCUAUAUAAUUGUUGGUCUUUGGAGACUUGAAAAUAGCUAAGGACAAGAAUGUACGACAUGAUUACCACAAAACAGACUCACA